UUAAAAAUUUUGAAAACAUUUUUUCAGCGUGUUAAGGUUUACCGGUUGAAUGAUGAUGGCAAGUGGGAUGACCAAGGAACAGGCCAUGUCACUGUGGACUAUAUGGAGAGAUCAGAGGAGUUGGGGUUGUUUGUCAUUGAUGAAGAAGACAACGAGACUUUACUUCUACAUCGUAUCAGCUCAGAUGAUAUCUAUCGGAAGCAAGAAGAUACUAUUAUUUCGUGGAGAGAUCCAGAAUAUUCAACAGAGCUAGCACUUAGUUUUCAAGAGGCUACAGGAUGCUCUUUCAUUUGGGAUAAUAUCAGUAGCGUUCAAAGGAAUCUCCAGUUUAGUACUCUUAGCAAUGAGACAUUUCAUAGUGUGACUAGUGAGCUAAGGGAGCUUCCUACUGUCGAGCUAUCUACACUUCCGCUAAUACUUAAGACUGUGGUUGAGAGUGGAAUUGCAGAUCAAAUGAGGUUGACAGAACUCUUAUUGAAUGAUCGAGAUUUUUUCAGAAAGCUGAUGAACCUUUUCCGAAUCUGUGAAGAUUUGGAAAAUUCCGAUGGUCUUCACAUGAUAUUUAAAAUAGUUAGAGGAAUUGUUUUACUCAACAGUCCGCAAAUCUUCGAGAAAAUAUUCCACGACGAUCUUAUUAUGGAUAUUAUCGGUUCUCUUGAGUACGAUCCCGAGGUUCCACAUACUCAGCAAUUUCGUAAUUUCUUGAAAGAGCAUGUUGUAUUUAAGGAGGCUAUUCCCAUUAAGAGCCCCGCAGUUCUGUCAAAAAUACAUCAGACAUAUAGAGUUGGUUAUUUAAAGGAUGUUGUUUUGGCACGAAUGUUGGAUGACUCCAUGGUUGCUAAUCUGAAUUCCAUAAUUCAUGCCAACAAUGUGCUUGUUGUUUCUUCUUUGAAGGACGACAGUACCUUUAUUCAGGAAUUGUUUGUUAGGUUGAGAUCACCCUCCACACCUGACGACUCAAAAAAGGACUUGGUUUAUUUUCUGCGCGAGUUUUGUAGCGUAAGCAAAAGCCUCCAAAUGGCAAUGCAGCUUCGGUUGUUCAGGGACCUUAUGAAUGAAGGUAUCUUUGACAUCAUUACGGAUGUCUUACAGAGUCCAGACAAAAAGCUUGUCUUAACAGGGACAGAUAUCCUCAUUCUUUUCUUGAAUCAGGAUCCAAAUCUUUUGCGUACUCAUGUUGCUCGACAGGAAGGAUUUCCACUGUUUGGACUUCUGAUUAAAGGUAUGGUAACAGAUUUUGGGGACAACAUGCACUGCCAGUUUCUUGAAAUUCUUCGCAAUCUAUUGGAUACCUAUGCAUCUGGAGUCCAGAGAGAUACAAUUGUUGAGAUUUUCUAUGAGAAGCAUUUGGGCCAAUUAAUAGACAUCAUAACAGCAUCAUGUCCUACAGAAGGUUUGCAAUCAGGCAAGAACAUUGAAGACGCCGAUGGAAGACUGGGAGAUACGAAUGGCAUGAAGCCUGAGAUUCUGUCGAAUAUAUGCGAAUUACUUUGCUUUUGUGUGCUUCAACACCCUUAUAGAAUAAAGUCUAAUUUUCUCCAAAAUAAUAUGAUAGAUAAAGUGGUGUUGUUAACACAACGGAAGGAAAAGUACUUGGUUGUUGCUGCAGUUCGAUUUAUUCGUACUGUUCUUUCACGCCAUGAUGAACAUCUGAUAAAUUAUUUCGUCAAGAAUAACACUCUCAAACCUAUCAUAGAUGUAUUUGUUGCUAAUGGAAGUCGGUAUAAUCUGCUAAAUUCUGCUGUUUUAGAACUUCUCGAGUAUAUAAAGAAGGAAAAUUUGAAGUUAUUGGUUAUACAUAUAAUUGAUUCCUUCUGGAAUCAGUUGUCCCGAUUUGAAAAUUUGUCUUCCAUUCAAGCUUUAAAAGUUAAAUAUGAUCAGUGCCUUGAAAAUUGUGAAAUGAAAGGCAUUUUGAACACAUCAGAUCCUCGAAAAAGAAAUGACGAGCGUGCUCCUGAGAAAGAAGAGGACGACUAUUUCAAUGGGGACAGUGAUGAAGAGGAUACUGCAUCUGCAUCUGUUUCUCGAAAACAGAACGAACAAUCUCAACCUGGUUUAUCCAAUGGUGUUGCUACAAAUUGCCCACCAGUAAGUCUUAGGUCAGGUGGUCUAGUUGAUUACGAGGACGAUGAAGACGAUGAAGACUACAGACCACCCCAGAGAAAACAACCCGACACUUCAGACAAAGACAUUGAAAUAAUGGAAGUCCUCUGGCAUAAGCGGAAGUUGGCUCCUCAAGAGGAACCUGAGAUAGUUAAGAAGCAACGACUGGUUAGGAAGCACAAGCCAAAAGAUGGUGUACUUGCUUCCUUGUGUACCACACUGAGUCAGGCUGUCUUACCUGGUAAGAAGACAACAAACGCUUCCGAAACAAGUUCGUGCAUGCCUUAUGAGAACAAAAGCUCAGUCGAAGAGAGUCAUGAGACAAAUCCUGCUAUUCCUAGCAGUUCUGAUGGCAGUAGCAGCAAUUCUGAUGAGGAAAAUCGCAGGGAAAACAAAUCUACAGCUUCUAAAGGUUACUCCAACAGUAGUGUCUU